AUGAUAUUUGCUCCUUUUACGGGCAAGGAUAAUCAUGGUCGCCCUGUGACAUUUGCUGCUGGCCUUUUGUCCAAGGAAAAUGCCGACUCCUUUUCAUGGUUAUUUAAACAAUUUGUGAAAUGUAUGGGUGUGGCUCCGAAGCUAAUCGUAACCGACCAAGACUUAGGAAUGAAAGUUGCUAUUGCAGAGGUUCUUCUUAGUACGAGACACAGGUGGUGCAUGUGGCAUAUAAUGAAUAAAGUUGCUGACAAAUUGCCAAAGAACAUGCUUGGUAGUGAAGAACUAAAGAAGGAAUUGAAUGCAUGUGUUUGGUCGGAGUUGAUAGAGCCUGAUGCAUUUGAAGAAUCUUGGCAUGCUAUAAUGGAAAGAUAUGGGCUGGCCAAUAAUGACUGGUUUUCAUCAAUGUUUGCAUCUAGAAAGUUUUGGGUUCCAGCCUUUUUCCGUGAUUUUCCGAUGAGCUCGUUGAUAAAGACAACAUCUUUGUCCGAAUCACAGAAUAGCUUCUUUAAAAGGUACUCAAAGUGUCGGGCUAACCUUAUGCUAUUUUAUAUGAACUAUAACCAUGCUUUGGAGGCUCAAAGAAGUAAUAGCGCAAAGCUUGAAUACUAUGAUUCAACAAAAGUGCCUAUAUUGCGAACAGAAUUGGAAAUCGAGAAACAUGCAUCAACGAUAUAUAGUGGUAGUGCUUUUAAUGCAAUUCAAGAGGAGAUAGUUUAUGCAUGUUUCUCUUUGUCUUGUUCAACUCUAGGAAUGUCUACCAAUAGAGAGAAUGAAGUAUAUAACAUAAAUGACAAGGAUUCAAACUCAUGGACAGUGACUUACUCCAUUGGCGAUGACACCUAUUUGUGUGGAUGUAAAAAGUUUGAGAGACUUGGUCUAUUGUGCAGCCAUAUAUUUUGUGUGUUGAAAUAUAAGUUUGUUAAGUUGAUACCCGAGAAUUUGCGUGGAUGGAGAUGGUUGAAGUCACAGUUUGUGAAGCCAAUACAUGGAGGUUUUUGUGAUGAUGAAGAAAUACUCUCUGUUGUGGACGAGAAGAAGAUUGCAUUUAAAAACUUGUAUGCAUUAUUCUUUGAAAUAGCACAAAGUAUUGAAGGGAACAUUGACCAAAUCAAUGCAUUUACUGCAAUUAUUGAAGAAGGUAAGAAGCAGCUUCUCGGAAGUGUUGUUCUGUCUUCGACAGAGAAGAGAGCAUUGAUUGAGAAUUUCUAUGGCUCACAAGUUCCAAACAUUAUUGAAGUUCAUCCUCCUAAUGUUGUCAGUACAAAGGGAAGUGGAAGUAGGAGGAAAUCGAAGAAGGAGUCGGCAAUGAAGUUAGCAAUGAAACCAGGCCGAAAGUGUGGAAAUUGUCAUGUGAUUGGACACCAUGAUUCGAGGAACUGCAAAAAGGUGAAUGAGAAGACAAAACAGAGGCAGUGA